GUGGAGUAGGUAACAUGAGGUCAUACUGACAUAACGGCAUGAUGACCCGAAAUAACUUAGGACGUGCGCUGUAUUGUGCGCCUGACCACGGAUACUUAGCUCGCAGAAUUCAAUAGGGUUAUUACACUGCUUCAAAGGACUCUACCAUGUAAAUCUAAGUCUCUAUUCAUGGCUAUUACUAAACUACCUCAAGGCAUCGCCCCACAGGGCCAUGCAAUGUCUGCCAUGCAGGUGCCAACAUGGAUACGGGUGAUUAGAAACAAAUGUAGUUGAGAAUGCCGCCACCAAAGAAACCAAAGAAUGGGCCGACCACGAUUGAUCAGUUCAUUGACAGAGAUGAGCUACAGGAAAGCAGCUCAACCUCCAGAGCUGUCAGAUUUCACUGUCAGAGUCAAGGAGUUGGUCAAGAUACCAAGGAAAGUUCUAACUGGAAGGAUGAUGCAAGGUCUAGUUACCAAACAACUAGCCCUUUGACCUCAUCAGAAAGCAAACAUGCUUUUCAGGGAAAGCAAAGCCUGUCAGAAACCCAAUAUUCUUCAGACUUGGCAAAAAAUUCGCCUUCCUUGGCCAGUGCCAAAAAUUCAUCUGACUCAACACCUAGCUGUGAUAGUGAGGGCCAAAAUAGCAGCUCAUAUUCAUCAAGUGCCACUGGUAGCAUAUUGGAAAGAUUGUUCACGUCAACCUCUUCCAAAGACGAUGGCGUGGACAAUUUGCUUGGUGAAACUUUACAGUGGCAGCCCAAAACACAAACUUCUGCAUUAGGAUAUAAUAUAUCUACCUCAAAUAAACUUGCCACUUUUUUUACAAAGUCGGACUGGAAACAUGGGACAGCAAUGGCUGAGGAAAAGCCUGGCCAUCACCUUCAGCAAACUAGCAGCCUCAACAUUCAGGGUCAACAAACGGCAGCCUUUUUAUCAAGUGUUCAUCAGCAUCAACAGCAGCAUUCAGUUGGACGGUCGAUUCUGGCUUCCUUGUUCAGUGUUAAGAACUGUCUAGAUGCAUCGCACCCGAGUGAUGAAGAGAUCCCUCAAAUGAGCACUGCCCUCACAGACUACCCCAGAAGCUCUCCAAACACCUACCUCAGUAACCUCAUGCGACAGCCUCCGGGAACCUACACGAGUAGUGCUGGUAGCACACCCACCAAAUCAGAGAGUGCCAAUAGCACUGAAUCCUCCAUUGUCUACCUCCAUCCAGCCUUUCAGCUACCUCCUUCAGCUACGUCUACUACCUCAGAUAUCAGAAAAAAUUUUACCUCAUCCCCUUGUUUACCUCCUUCAUCGCAAGCAGUGACUGAACAAAACAAUGCAAAGCCCUCGGCUUUACACAUGAAAUCAACUCAGGGCCACAGUCAGUCAUCAUUCCACGGCAGCAACCUCAAUAGCAGCUCCAAUGUAUUAGUGGACAGUUCUCUUCUGGACUUGUCUGUGAAAAACAUUUCUGUGACGAACGCUUCGCAUAAGAAUGCAUUGAAAAAUUCUUUUAUGGUAUCAGCAUUGAUUGAUGGCUCGGCUGCUCACAGCUAUGCCGAAAGCUCUAAAAGUCCUCUUGGCUUCAGGCACUCAGCUCUGGAUCAGGUGGAUCCAGUCAGAACUACUCUAUGUUCUCCAGUGGUGAAAAAAGAGAUUGUAUGUACUGCUGAGUACCACUCUGAAUCAGAUCAGGAAGGAGAGCCUUCUGAAUGUAAAUCUCCAAAGGUUGAGGCCCGAAUGGUUUCACCAAACUCUUGUAUGCAAGUCCUGGCUCUGGGAGGCUCAGGAGAAGUAGGAGCAGCACACCUCCAGGCAGCCACCUCCACCACCCCUGAAUCUGUCUCUGGACAACUGCCACACAACUUCCUGAUGGAGGUGCAGGCCAGUGGGAUUGAAACCAGCCCCCACAUGAAACAAGAGAUUGGUGGCUCAGUUCCAGGCAGUAGUGUCCAGGCCAAGCUGUGCCAGGUGUGCAAUGACAACGCAUCAGGUUUUCAUUAUGGUGUGUGGUCAUGUGAAGGUUGUAAAGCUUUCUUCAAGAGGAGUAUACAGGGUCCAGUAGAUUAUAUAUGUCCUGCAACCAACACAUGUACAAUAGAUAAGCACAGACGUAAAAGCUGUCAGGCAUGUCGACUGCGGCGAUGUUAUGAGGUGGGCAUGAAUAAAGGUAGUCAGAGGAAAGAGAGAAAGAGUAGUGCCAGUACUAGUGGUCUGAAAGGAAAAAGAUGCAGAGCAGAUUCUUCAGACUCUGCUGUUAACUCCACCAACAAUGGAGCUUCUUCUUCCAAAGUGUCAAAUGUUGCGAAACGAUCAAGAAGUGCAUCCAUCCUAGAAGCUCUCCAGAAAGCUGAUCUUCCUGUAUUAGAGAGCUACCACAAUCAUAGUUUACCAGCAACACGUGUCCACUUGUUGAAUACUCUAAUCAAAUUGUCAGAUAGAGAGUUAGUUUAUCUAAUCAACUGGGCUAAACAUGUACCAGGCUACACUUGUUUGACCUUAAGUGACCAAGUCCAUUUAAUAGAAUGCUGCUGGAUGGAGCUGCUCCUGCUGAACUGCGCCUUUAGAUCCAUGGAACAUGAAGGAAGGACAUUAGUCUUUGCUCCAGACUUUCAUUUAGAAAGGCAUCAAUGGGCACUGACAGGCAUGGGGGAUGUCUUAGAGCAGGUAGCUGCAGUGUCUGAACAGAUGGUUCUAUACAACCUUAACAAAGAGGAACUUCUACUCUUACAGGCCACAGUAUUAGUCAAUGCAGAAGUACGGAGGUUGGAUAGCUUUGUGAAAAUUCAAGAGAUGCGGCAAGUCAUUCUAGACGUCUUCAUGGAAGUGGCUGGCCGGCAUCAAGGCUUCAGCAGUUGGAGGCAUGCACCGUCCAUACUUUUACUGCUGACCCACAUACGUCAGGCCGGUGAGCGAGGCAUCUCCUAUUUCCAGCGGCUAAAAAUGGAAGGGUGUGUCACCUUUUGUGACUUGCUAACUGAGAUGCUAGAUGCCCACAACUCAUCUGGCGAGCGUAGGAGGAUGCAACAACAACAACAGCACCACCACCAACAGUCACAACAGCAGCACCAGCCACAGCAACACCACCAGCACCAACAACACUUGCUAGCACCAGAAUGACCCAAGCCAUAAAGUAGACUUUUCAUGACAUUUACCAGACUAACGGAUCAAGGAUGGAUUUUAUAUAAAUUCUUUUUCUAUUGGACGAUUUUGUUUUCCCAAAGUUUGGCAACUAGUGAAGUUAAUAACAGAAAAAAAAUUAAAUUAUCAAAAAUGAAGAAAAACAACAAGAAGGAAAAAAAAAACUUGAAUUGAUCCAGUUUGUAAGUUUAUCAUAAACCAUGUUCAACUUGUAAGAAAAACACCAAACAGAAGAACAAGUUUCCCAUCUGUGAUCACACUGUGUAGGGCCACAGUGUUGGACUACAACCUAUUUUGUACAACUUUUUAAAACACAAAAAAACAUGAUUUAACUAAGAAGACACAUUUUUUUUUUGUUAUUGCUUGAAGAACUGGAGACAUAUAUUUGUGUUACUACUGUGUGUCUCAGCAUCAUGGUGUAGCCUGCUCUUCCUUGGGACUUUGUAGAAAGUGUUUGAUGAGAGGGACACACAGAGAGAUGUGCCAGCAACUCCUGGCUCUGAAGUGCCAGGCAGUUCUCGAUGAACACAUGUUGUGUGUAUGUUUGUGAUAUUGGAGUAAAAGACUUGUUAUUUCCUGUAAUGUAUGAGCUAGUGACUCUUAGUGUUAGUACUUGAGUGUAAGGCCACCAAAGUUCAAUAUGAACAUUCAGCCAUAUCUUUUAUCAUCAUGAUUUUUUUAAAAUUCAAAAUAGACAAACAGACGACAUUUUAUUAGCCACCCAGUUUUCUUAUCUAAUAUUAACAUCUAAAACAUUAGCCAAUGAGUCACUUUGAUAACUCAAAACAUCUUUUGAUUUUUUUUCUUUGUUUUGUUUUUGAUUUUUUGAUUGUGUUUACUAGCCAAUGAAAUUGAACUAUUUUUUAUGUUCUAAGCUGAGGGAAUUGAUUCUAGUGAGUUAGUUUUAUAUUAAAGUGUGAAGUCCCAACGUUUAGUUCUAUAUUAUAUUGUAAAUGUUUAGAUCUAGAUCUAUGUGUGGCUAACACUGGUUGUAAUAAUGAUCACUGUAACUAGUCUGGAGAUUCUUUGAUUCUACUGAUCUCCAUACAGUGUUGUUCUGGUGUUUCUGACAACUGUUUGAAAGGACACCAGUACAUACAUAAACAUUGUCUGCUUUCUAGUUAUUCCAAGUCUUUCCUGAAGUGGCGCUGAACACAUUCUUCAUUGUCUGUCUUUUUGAUUGCCCCAUUGAUUGCCAUAGUUUAUUGAGUUUGUAGAAUUGUGUUUUUCAUUCAGUUCAUCUUGUUAAGAUUUGUUCAUUUGAACAAUUUGUAUGAUAUUUAAAAGUAUAUACCUACACUAUAACCUUCCAAUAGGGUCUUGUGUAAAGUAAGCUCUAGGAGUGCUCUUUCAAUUCACACUAGUGAUGAGAUAGAUUUGGUUGCUUUUUGGAGAUCACUUAAUUUAAACACAUUUGUUUGCUGAAGAUAUUAAACAUACUUAUUGCCUGACCAUUGGGUGUAGUGCAGUUGUUUACAUUCACUUGGUAUUACAGGGACUAAAAUGUUUCAUUGCAUUCAUAAAAUCCUCUCACUGCAUUGACCUUCAGUUUGCUUUGACUAGCUUGAAUUCUAGUUGGCUUACUCUUUGUUAUAAGUUUAGCAGGAAUCACAAGUGAAACUAUUGGACCCAGUAAAUGGAUUAAUUUCAUUGUGCAAAAUAUUAGAUACUUCUGGUAUGUAGUACUAUAGUGAAACAAAACACUCUGGCAUGUAGUAAUAUAGUGAAACAAGACACUCUCUGGCAUGUAGUACUAUAGUGAAACAAGACACUCUGGCAUGUAGUAAUAUAGUGAAACAAGACACUCUCUGGCAUGUAGUACUAUAGUGAAACAAGACACUCUGGCAUGUAGUAAUAUAGUAAAAUAAGACACUCUCUGGCAUAUAGUACUAUAGUGAAACAAAACACUCUGGCAUGUAGUAAUAUAGUGAAACAAGACACUCUCUGGCAUGUAGUAAUAUAGUGAAACAAGACACUCUCUGGUAUUACUUAAAUCUAGUGAAACAAGACACUUGUGUAUUAAAUAUAGUAAAUAAAACAGUUGUGACUGAACAAAAUGUAGCUAAACAAAUUGACUUGUAUGAAAUGAUUAUGUAUUUAAAUCAUUUUAUGGGCCAGUCACAAAAGACCAGUGUCUUGUAUUUGAUGUAUCUGUCAUCUCCUAACAUUGAAACAUAGUUUUGUUGAUCUACUCCAUCUCCUCAUCAAUCAAAUCAUUGUGCAGUACCUGAUUUAUAGCAUCCAGGGGACAUCUGAUUUAUGUCAUCCAGGGGGACACGUGAUUUAUAGCAUCCAGGGGACAUUGAAAAAUGUUAAUUCCUCGUAAACCAGUUGUCUUCAAAGUUAAAUCUGAUCAAAUAAUGUGCAUUACUCAUAGAGUAUUGACCUGCCACUAAGAAGGGAUUUGACAAAAAUGAUUGAACUAGAAAGUCUAUUUAGUUUGUCCUUUGUACCACAUUGUUGUUUGACAAGUGGAAACUCAUCUUUUGAAGAUACUAACACAAACACAAAAUAGAGAUCUAUAGUUAUAUAGUUUAAGAAAAAAAAAAUAUUGUGUUGCUUUGAAAUGUGCAUGAUGUAUUGGUUGUUAGUGUGUUCUGUGAGUUUUGUCAUCUAGACCAUCCAGGAGGAUUAGUUGUAAUCAAACUCCCCUCUAACCGCUGGUCAACAGUCAUUAGGAAAACAUGUAGAUGUCAUUGUUAGUAGGCUAGAUGAACAUUGUGCUAUGUGUUGACCAGUAGAACUUGCUGUGCAGUUGACUAAACAAAUGCUCUAUGAGUGUCAUGUUUCUUUUUCUUCAAGUAAUUCUGAAAGUUUCUAAGGCCAUUUCAAUAACAUACCUUGCUAAAAAGGAAUUGUAUUUUUUCUUGAAUUGUCUUAGCAAGCAUGCCAGCUGUGUAUUCCAAUAUCUUGAGUUGAAUCGAGAACUGUCCUGUGUUUACUUAGACCAAUGUGUUUCAUCCAUCUUUGCUGUGCUUUCUUGUUAUUAAGAUGAAAAGAUUUGUCAGAAAUGUUGCUUUCAUAUCACAAAACAAGAACUUCAAAAUCUGAACAUAACCAAAACUAAGGAAAUCUUGGAUAUUUUUCAUUGUUGAGUUUUCUAUAUAAGAAAUAGUGCUUUGAGAGUUUGUUUUUUUCAAUCACACUUGCCCUUGCCGAACAUAUGCAUUUAAGUUUCUAAUUUAUCUUGAACUGAUCUAAUGGGUUUUGUUUUCAAGUUUAUUGUAUUACUGAGACUAAUAGAGAGUUUUCUGUUCAUCCACCUGUCAAAAUGGCAGAAAGUGAUGAUUCUAUACCAGUUCUAUAGUCACUGACUGCUGUAGGUGUGUGUUCUCUUUGUUUAGUAACACAUACAUGUAGUGAAUGAAAUUCGACAAUAGCUCCAGAUGACAGCUGCUUGUUUAAUGGCAUCCAUUGGUGCAGUCUAAUUGUUUGCUGAUAUAUCAUUCAUUGUAUACAUUUUAUACAGCUCCUCCUUCCUAGUGGAAAUGUGCUAAUCUUUGAUUAUGUGGGAGGAGCUAUAUAUAAACAUUUUAUAAUUUAGUGUAUCUAUGUACAACAACAAUAAUAGCUGUCUUUUUUUCCUCCAGCAUUUCAUCAUUGUUCAGUAGCAGACUGCCUUAUUUUUUAGUUGACAGCAUGCCAAACAUUUUUUUACAAACAUUUCAACAAUUUCAUUUUUUUUGUUGUUGUUGUUUUAUUAUGGAACAUUGAAGCACACACUUUCAAAAGACAAAUCAAUUUUUUUAUGGACUAAUUUUUAUUGUUAAACUAACGAAGAAAGACAAAAUAAAUUCUGGCAUCCAGAACUUUCCUGUAUGAAAAGUUUAUUUAUUCUGAAUUAAGGGCAACAUGUUGAGUUAAUUGGUACAUAUGUACUUAGGGCAAUGUGUUACUCAUUGAGCUAAGGUGUUGCAUAUUCAACCAAUUAUAAGUGUGAACUAUGAUGUUAUGAGAUGAACCUAUAGAAGGUACAUUUGAACCAAGGUGUUACUUGUUGAUACACUAGGUAAAUAUGGCCUGAAGUUUGACUUGUUGCUACAUUAGGCCCAUACGAUCUAAGGUAUUAAACAGCUUAGUCCCUUGGAACUAAGGGCAACACCUUGUUAAACAUCUUACCUGUUGAACUAUGUCAGACUGAUCCAAAGACUAGUUUGGUUUUUAAAUCAGCAUUUUGUUUAAUUUAUGUAGGUUAUUUUACUAACAAAACAAAUCUUGUUGAAGUAUGGUGAUUGAAUUGAAAAUAAAUAUUUGGUCACUAAAUGA